CGAACGAUCUCUCUGAGCUCUGAGUCACUUUUUGGUAAUAUCUAGCAUGUGGCUCUCAAAGGACUGACUAAAUUACAUCAGUGGAUAGGUAAGUGCUGGUGUUCAAGAGGCCCUCAUCCAAGCCCCAGCGGGGUAGAGUUUGGUUCCCCACUCUGCGCCGGGACUCCAACUCAUGUUGCAUGUCGUUGCUGCUUCAUAUACUAUAUUGUCCUAACAUCUGUCCUGGUCAUUUUGACAAUCCCUCCGAUACUUUUCAUAAUUCGAAAUCCUAGAGCACUAGACGUGAUGGCUUCCCUGAAAGGUCCUGGCGCUGCUCAGACGCAUGAUGGUUCUGGGCUGCGAAUUGCGAUUGUCCAUGCGAGGUGGAACAUGGCAAUAAUUGGUCCCCUCGUGGACGGGGCUAAGCGGAGCCUCCUAUCAGCUGGGGUUGCUGAGAAUAAUAUAACAGUGCACACAGUUCCAGGGAGUUAUGAGCUACCAUUUGCCGUGCAGCGGAUAUAUGCGGCUUCCCAAAUUGAAGCCGCCAAGAGCCCAGCCUCAGCCCAGGGCAUCAGUGCCACUGAUUUGCUGUCUUCCUCUACAGCCGACCUUACGAAAGUGCCUAUGCAGUCGUCAUCGUCCGAUGCACCCAAGCCUUUCGAUGCCAUCAUCGCGGUGGGCGUACUAAUCAAGGGGGAGACUAUGCAUUUUGAAUACAUCGCCGAAUCCGUAUCUCACGGAUUGAUGCGUGUUCAGCUUGACACUGGAGUGCCCGUUAUAUUUGGCCUGCUAACUGUUCUGACUGAAGAGCAAGGCCUGGAAAGGGCUGGAAUGGGCAAGAAGGGGAUGCACAACCAUGGGGAGGACUGGGGAAAUGCUGCGGUGGAACUCGGAGCAAAAAGGAGAGAAUGGGCCGAGGGUAGGGUUGUCUAGUGGCCCUUCGGCGAGAUGAUAAACUCAUUUCCUGGGCAAGUUGUUACUUAUUGAUUUGUUUGUCGACCGGCUGCCCAAGUAAGGUUAGGCAAUUGCACGCGUCAAAGGUUGAGAAGCGGAAGUGGUGAUUAAAGAGUAAAUGCGUUGUAGCAUACAUUCAUUUACUGAUUGUCAGAACAAGGGAUCCGCAUGAGAAGGCCAACGUGGCUAGAAGAAUUGUUUCCGAACCGGAUCUCCGGUGUCGGCGUAAACUCAACAUAUUCACUCUUCCAUCCGUUCAGUCUCAUUCGAAUUGCCCUUUGUUGCAUCCUCUUCCUCGUCCUCUCCCUCCAGUGCCCGUUUUGCCGCCCGUUCUGCCUCCUCAAGGAGAUCUUUGGGCACCUCCUCAUGUCUUCCUUUUGUUGGACCGUCUAAUGAACUAAUCCAGGUCAUUUCUAGCUCAAAUUCCUUGUCCUUACUGUCUUCAUGGGCAACAUAG